UAUCAGGAGGAAAGCAUCAUCGGAGCCCCUCUGCAGCUGGACCGACACAUCUGGACCGGAACCGGCCUGGGACCAGCUCAGCUCCUGGAGGUGGGGGCGGGGGGAGCGCACAGGUGAGGCGUCACGUGACCAGACCUCCGGAGCUUCACGCGGCGCGCGCAGGUGUGUCUCAGCAUCCCUUUCGAAGCGCGUGCGGGGCUCCUCGGGGCCAGCAUGGCGGAGGAGACCCGGGUCAUCUACCACCUGGAGGACCAGGAGACCCCCUACCUGAUCCGGAUCGGCGUGCCCGCGCAGCGCGUCACCCUGGCCGACUUCAAGCAGGUGCUGAACAGACCUCACGCCAAAUUCUUCUUCAAGUCCGUGGAUGAUGACUUCGGGGUGGUGAAAGAAGAGAUCAGUGACGAUGAAGCUCGGCUGCCUUGUGUCAACGGACGGGUCGUCUGUUGGGUGGUGUCUUCAGACGCCUGUCCUCCGGACUUCAGGGGGUCGGACACUCCCUCUGUGGCCACGCCCUCCAGCUUGGCUCCGCCCCCCAUCGAGAGGACCGGCGGCAUCGGCGACUCCAGACCGCCGUCCUUCCACGCUGCGGCUGUCUGCCACGAUGACCUGCAGGGGUCAGAGGUCAAAUCGCCCGCUCCAUCUUCAGAGAAGCAGCGGCGGAGAGGAGGCCACCUGAACGGACACGCCCACCAGGCGGCCGACCACAAGGGGGCGGGGCCAGCCGGCGGCGGCGACAGCUCGUCCAAUCAGCAGAGCAGCGAGUUAGAGACGACCAGCUUUUGCUCGUCUGAGGAAGACUCUGGAGGAAGGUUCAGCCAAUCAACAGGCCAGAGCAGCUCCUCGCCGAGACUCAUCAGGCGACAGCGGCGCCGCCACCGAAAACCAAAAACUCCACGGAUGGAAAAGUCGGCGUCUUUCAGCAGCGUCACUGACUCCACCAUGUCGCUCAACAUCAUCACUGUAACCCUCAACAUGGAGAGGUAUAACUUCCUGGGCAUCAGCAUCGUUGGUCAGAGUAACGACAGAGGAGACGGAGGGAUUUACAUCGGCUCCAUCAUGAAGGGAGGAGCAGUUGCAGCAGAUGGCCGCAUAGAGCCUGGAGACAUGCUGCUGCAGGUGAACGAUAUCAACUUUGAGAACAUGAGUAAUGACGACGCAGUCCGGGUUCUGAGAGAGAUCGUCCACCAGCCGGGUUCGGUGACAUUAACUGUGGCAAAGUGUUGGGAUCCAAACCCACGAAGUUGCUUCACGCUGCCCAGAAGUGAACCGGUCCGCCCCAUCGACCCGGCUGCCUGGGUGUCCCACACGGCCGCCAUGACCGGGAAACUCCCCCCACACUACAGUACGUCUCAACUCUGCACCUCUCUUCUGUUGUUAACCUCCCAUCUCAUUUUAACUUCCUGCUGUUCUCCAGGCGUGCAUGAAGAAAACCACCUCAACAUCCACAGUGACAUGACGGUGGUCGUCAAGGCGAUGGCCAAUCCAGAGUCAGGGCUGGAGGUUCGAGACAGGAUGUGGCUGAAGAUCACCAUCCCCAACGCUUUCAUUGGUUCGGACGUGGUGGACUGGCUCCACCGUAACAUAGAAGGUUUUACCGACCGGCGCGAAGCUCGUAAAUACGCCGGAAACCUGCUGAAAGCCGGAUUCAUCCGACACACCGUCAACAAGGUCACCUUCUCAGAGCAGUGCUACUACGUGUUCGGAGACCUGUGUGGAGAUCUGGCUGCCAUGUCUCUGCUCGACCACGAAGACGGAUCCUCUCGCGAAGUAGGAGGAGGAACUGACUGCGACCCCCCAGCCUUCCCCUACCAGUACCCCGUCCCUCACCCCUACAGCUCGCCCCACCCGCUGCAGCAGCUGCCGGCCUGUGGGGCAGGAGGAGGCAGGAGUCAUCACAGCGAAGGAAGUCGCAGUAGCCAAUCGGACUUCAGCGAUGAUCAGGAGGGAAAAGGAGGAACGCAGCAGGAAUCUUCCAACCAGGAAGCGAACGCUCAGCACAAGAUGGCCGACUGUCUGAGUGAUGGCAGCGCUCAGGAACCGCCCACCUCCUUCUCCGGUUCCCAUGGCGACAAAGACAUGCCAACACCGUCUCGAGGUCAGCACCGCGACUUUUCAUCGAUCCAACCGGAAAUUUCUCGACAGUCCUUCCGCCUGGCCAUGGGAAACCCCAGCGACCUCUUUGUAGAUGUCAUGUGAUCCGGUGACGAUGAUGUCAUAUCCUGGCAGGUGACCUGGAGACACGAUUAAAAUGGGACUUUUUUUUAACUAAAGCUGAAACAAACUGAAAAAGAUUGAGGCACAUAGAGUCACUGUGAAGACCUGGACCUGAUGAAGGCCUGGAUCAGACCAGAACGAGACCAGGCUCUGGUAAAACCUGAAACUAGACAGGACCAUCCUGAACCCGACCGAGAACCAAACCUGAGAACUAAACCUGAGAACUAAACCUGAGAACUAAACCCGACCAAGAACUAAACCUGAGAACUAAACCUGAGAACUAAACCCGACCGAGAACUAAACCUGAGAACUAAACCCGACCGAGAACCAAACCUGAGAACUAAACCUGAGAACUAAACCCGACCAAGAACUAAACCUGAGAACUAAACCUGAGAACUAAACCCGACCGAGAACCAAACCUGAGAACUAAACCCGACCGAGAACUAAACCUGAGAACUAAACCCGACCGAGAACCAAACCUGAGAACUAAACCCGAUCGAGAACUAAACCCGACCGAGAACCAAACCUGAGAACUAAACCUGAGAACUAAACCCGACCGAAAACUAAACCUGAGAACUAAACCCGACCGAGAACCAAACCUGAGAACUAAACCUGAGAACUAAACCCGACCGAGAACUAAACCUGAGAACUAAACCUGAGAACUAAACCUGAGAACCAAACCUGAGAACUAAACCCGACUCAGGACUAAACCAGAUUUACAUGGACCUGACUCGGACCUGGACUCUGAACUAACCAAAUCAAAGCAUGUGCUGCUUUUCUCUCUGAGAGACGUUCUGUCUCAGCAGAGUUUCUCCUGCAUCCUGGGAUGGUUGUAAAUUAUUCCUGACGUUCCCGUUUGUAAAUCACCUGCUGUCACGCUGCCUGUAACUGAGCUCAUUAUUGUUUCUAUUUAUUCAUUAUUUAUUUAUUUAACAUGUUUAUUUAUGAACUGUUUGUUCCAAACAUUUACUGCAGAAAGCGACGUGUGGAUUAUUUAUGAGUCCUUGUUGUCGUCUCCUCAUGACUAAAAACGCUAGAGAAGCAGAGCUGUAGCUUUUCCUCUACAUUCCAAAACCAAUGAAACGGGUCAAUGAAAAUUAUUUUACAUAAAGGUUAAAUAUGGUACCAAAUCACAGACUGAAGGCUCUUAGACAUUUGGGUUUUGUGAAGAACAAAGACCAUGAUCUGUUUAGUGAAAACAGUUGUAUAAAAUGUGUUCACUGUGUUAUAUGUACACAACCAGAUAGUAAAACCUUAAAUGAUGAAAUAGAUUUGGAAUAAAGUUCACUUAGCUUUCAUAGAAA